AUGAAUUCCUUUACUGCUACCCUUCUCAUUUUCACGGUCGUCCUCAUUCUCCUCCCCUCCGAGACUUACGCGUUUGGAGCCGGAGACAUACCGGAUUUCGCGUACCUGAACGGCAAGGCCUUCCGGCAUGGCGAUAUCGAGAACAUCCUUGCCGAGCUUGCGAAGACAGUCGGACACGCCGGUGGCGGUGGCGGAGGAUUGCUAGACUUCGCCCAGUCAGUCUUGAGUGCCGCCGCAAGCGGUGGUAAUGGAUCCAAGUUCACGAAAGAGGAUGUCAAACGGGUAUAUUUUGGAAACUGGCUCAGGGACUACUCCCAGGCCAUGGAUAUCGCGGGAUUGAGCAAGCUAUCAGCGGACACCCUCGUGCUCAUCGUUUCGGUUCUGGGCUUCCUGACAUUUGGUUUUGCUACCGAAGAAUUCCAAGUCACCCCUGAUCGUCUUGGCGUGUACCUCCCUGUCGAACACAUCGACAAUCCAAAAGGCUACGCUGAGAAGGAAGGCGACGCACGGCAAUUUCACCCCAAGCUUCGUCCGCCAGUCAAUCCCGAAGAGCUAGAGAUUGAUGAGAGGACUGGCAUGAAGGCAAAUCCCUUCUUGCCUAUUACUUCAAGUGCUCGCGUUGACUUGUCUGAUUCGCAACAGAAUUAUAUGGCUUCGGAGAAUAGGGGUUGGGACACGUCUACUGCUCUCAUCCGCCGCGUGUUCCGCGCUUGCAUUGAGUACGGCCGACGCGCACGCGGCCGAGAGGGGGACGAUCUAUGGGAAGCAUAUCGCCUGAUGGGGACCGGUCUCCAUACCAUGGAAGAUCUAUUGGCUCAUAGUAACUGGUGCGAGCUCGGGCUUCGGAAGUUGGGUUAUAAUGAUGUUUUCUGUCAUGUCGGUGACAACGUCGUCAUCAACACGCCCACGGGCGAGACUCAUCCUUUGAUCACUGGGACAUUUGGAAGCGCUGAUUUCCUGCAUUCCCUCAUGGGAGAAGCAACCGACCACCUGAGCCAAGCCAGUGUUGUUGAUCUCACCAAGAAGAUGGACGAAGCUUCGCAAGACAAUAACACAUUUGGAGCUCUGCAGGCCCUGCUCAGGAAAUUGCCAAUUGGCGGUUCUGACGCAGAUGACAAGAUGGGCGAGGCCAAUACUAUGCAAGCCCAAGCGAAGGCCUACCGCUUCGACCCGAAUAACGUCGCUCCUCCGGAAGUCAGAGAGCAGCUCUGGAAUCUCCUGACUUGGCGCGAUAACGUCUACAGGGGUAUCAUCAAGAAGAUUGAGAUGGUCCCGGGUCUCUCUGACCUCAUCGACAACCUCACGAACGCUCUCAACGCAUUCGUGUACACAGUCCUGGCUCCCUACGUCGCGCCUAUUCUCAAACAAGUGACAGAGGUUCUCAUGGAAGGUAGCAAGGCUGUCAUUGACACAGAAGACCAGUACCUUGUCUUCGAUGACCCCAAUGCGUCCGAUCCAUCCCACAGUCUCCUGUCAAAGGACCACUUUGCGCUCAUAUUGAACGAGCCCGCUGGGAAGAUCGCUAAGGUUGUGGUCCAGAAUUCUGUCAAGCUACUCGUACAGGCCUGGUUUGACAAUAGUGACCCGGACCGCGUGAUCGACGAGGUUCUUGAAGCGUUCCACCACCCAUGGUACGCUACUGGCCGUUCGCGUAUCCAAGAAGAGAUGUUCCAGACUCUGCAAAACUGGGUGAACAACCUCGAGAACGCGGAGGAGACCAUCCAGGCGCUGAGCAAAGAGAGCGUCAGAGCUGGCAAGAACAAACGCCAAGGUGCCGAUGACGACAUAACUAGUUCGACUCAGAUCUAUGGUGGCCACGUCAAUCAAGCCUCCGGAGGUAGCGGAUACGGUGCCCCUGUCUCUGCAGGCUAUGGCGCCUCCCAGGUCUUUGGUGGUACGCAAGACCACUACCGUCAAGAGACCUAUGGCGGAUCGCAGGAAUACGGCCGGCAGGAGCCCGUCACUGAGUCACAAAGAUACGGUGACUCCCAAGGCGAAAGCUACAGUCGAACGGAAUCCCGCGGGUACGGAAACUCCGGAGAAGCCUAUGGCUCCACAGGGAACUACGGCAGUGGUUACGGGGGCUACGGUGACUCCGAGGUACAUGGAAGACGUCAGGAAGAAUCCGGUUACGGCGGUUAUGGGAACCGUCGCGAAGAAGAGCCCUCGUAUGGCCGCGAGACCGGGUAUGGGAGCGGCGGUUAUCAACAGUCGUACGGACGCCGCGAGGACCAAGGCUAUGGCAAGGAGUCCUACGGUGGUGGAUACCGUCAACAGGAAGGGGAGCGUGAAGUCGAACUUGAACGUGAACGCAAGCGUGAGCAAAAACGCGAACAGGAGCGGGAGCGGGCACAACAGUCCUAUGGCGGUGGCUACGGUGAACGAGAGUCAGGUAGUGGAUAUGAUGAGGAGCGCCGCGAGGAGUACGGCGGGUAUCGCCCGAGUGCGUAUGAGGCUCCUCUCGAGGAUAGUCGUCGGGAACGCCGGGAGGAAAGGUCGGACUACAGCGGCGAAAGGUACGGUCAGGAGGGCUACGUGCCUGCUUACGGCGGCGGAUACGGGAGCUCUGAGCGUAGCGAGUAUGGUGGUCUGGGCGGCUAUGGAGGCCGUCAGGAGGGCGGUUAUGGCGAGGCUGGUGAAGCCUUCGGUGUCGAGAACCUUUCCCUCAGAGAAGGAGGUCAUCACCAUGGCCACCACAAACACCACCGCCGUCACGAUGAUGAAUGAAAUGGAACUAGUAUGAGCAUAGUUGAAUGGAGC